AUGGCAUCAUUGCUCCCUUUCAUCGGGUGGGCUAUUCUCCCAAAUUACGCAACAAAUAUCCUGCAAACUGUUUACUAUGGAAUCACCAUACGAGCAGGUGAACCUCGGCCCAUGCCUCAAACUCCACGAUAUGAGCGUCAUCGCCGUCGGAUUUUCAUCUUCGUGAUUGUCACCUACCUCCUCUACACACUUUACGAAACCUUCCACCAAGUGCAAUUAGCUGGUGACUAUUACCAGGUCCUCGGUGUAUCUCCAUUUUCCGAUGAGCGCAUUAUCAAGUCCCGGUUUCGUCGGCUCGCAGCUCAGCACCAUCCAGAUAAAUCCGGAAAUGACAGCGGAUCUGACGCCUACUUCAUGUUCCUGCGCCGAGCUCAGGAAACACUCGUGGAUCCCAUGAAGCGCUUCGCAUAUGACCGCUUCGGUCCUGAUAUGCAUAACUGGGGUGAACAGAAGACGAUGCGUGAUUUUGUGAUGCACUCCUUGCUCAAGUCCGUGGCGCCCCAAUAUGUGGGCGGAUUUGUGACGAUGAUAGUAUUGAAUUGGCUAUGGUGGCCGAACUGGGGUCGAUAUUGGCGUUUCUAUACCUUUGCCGCACUGCUCACUCUCGAACUUACCAUGAUCACCCAACCCCAAGCUAUCUUCAUGCCAACAUCUUACCUCCCCGAUUCAAUUCAAUCCCUUCUCCCCGGCGAUUCUUUCUACCUCCUGCCAUUCCAGGUCCUCACGCUUGCUCGGCGUGCGUCCAUCACCCUUCACAUCUUUAUCUCCCAAGCCGCUCCACCGGGAAGUAAGAAUGCCGAAAGCAAUGGAGACAAGAUUUCUCCACAAACUAUGCAGCGAAUGGGUCAGCUGGUAACAGCGUCUCGGGUUGCAGAUUCCGAAGCCACGCGUUUACUGCAACUUGGACUAGCACCGUAUCGUGGAGAUCGGGAGAGCGUUUCUGCGCUGAGGAGGGGUAUGAAGGAGGGGCUGAUUCUUGGGGGCGUCAGAUCUAGUCCCGAGGUCCAGCGGGCUGUCGCGCAGGUCGUAGAACGGCGGAAUGCAGAAGGGAAAAUCGAGUGA